AUGGGUCACUCUUGCGUUAAUUCCCCUUAUUAUGAUCAUUUAAUUAGCGGUGGUGGUUCUUUCCAAAAUAAUGGUACUACUACUAUUCCCACUUCUAUUGAUGUGGAGUGCGAUAAUAAUGUUGUCAAUGAAGAUCCGUAUCAACAGGCUCUUUACAGCAUCGCUUUUGCUAAACCAUUGGUCAUUCCAUCUGCCUGUUUUGUAUCGCAACGAGAUUCUACUUCAACUCUCAGAUCUCGUUCCUCUUUUCCAAAUUUUCAUGCGUUAAAGAAAAGAACUUCGAUGGGCAGUUUUAUUAGCAAUUCCUCUGAUUUACCCUCAAGUCCUCUUGGUGAUAACAACAACAACGCUACCACCUCUCAACAACAAUUUCAACAGACAAAAGUUCGUCGUUCUAGCAACCCUACUGUUAUUUCGGAUGUUGCAUCUGAACAUUCUGAAAAAUCCACUAUUGAACUCGAGAAGGAACAAAAGAAAGCCACUCUAUACAAAACAGAAAUGUGUCGAAAUUGGGAAGAACGUGUCACUCAUCACCCAAAGUACAAGACCGAAAUCUGUAAAACCUUUUGGCAAAAUGGUACUUGCCCUUAUGGCAAACGAUGUUGCUUUAUUCAUAACGAUAAAAACCGUCUUCUUCUUUGCAAAAGAAGAAACAGCGCUGACAAUUUAAAAAAUUCGAGUAAAAGUAACAAAUCCAAAGGUUUAAGUAAAGUUGGAAGUGACCCUGCUCUUUAUGGAUCGUACGUUAAUGAUUCCGCAUCGUCUGGAACUAUACAACCUGUAACUUCAAAUUUAAAAGGUACCCCUACUUCUUCAAGUACAGAAUCCCUUCGAGCUUUUACAGAUGCUUACUUUUCGGGUCCAUUGGUUCUUCCUGGAUCGAUCUCAAAUGAUCCAAUUUUGAAUGGUGAAAUUUCCACUGUUCAUGAUGAAUCUCAUCCAGGUAGCUCUUCCAUUAACGUUAAUACAACGCCAACGAAUACUCGGGAUGAUGAGGACGAUGAAAUCAAUGUUCCAUCAGGUUACGCUGAUAAGCCUAUGCUAUUACGUGAACUAUUAACCGAUGACGGAACAUCGACUCUUUACGAUUUUAACUCGAUUCAACCUGAUUUAUACGAUUCAAAAUUGGAUCAAAAUGAUCAUGUACAAGCGCGUCGAAGAGCAUCGACAACUUCAUGUCGAUUAGAGAAAGCAAAUGUUGUCAAUAAUACUUCUAACGUUGUCGGUAAUACUAUUCUAAGAGAAAGAAGCGUUAGUAUGAGUGUUAAGCAACCCACAAAUCUCGUGUCUGUUGUUGGUCAAAAUCGCGGAAGAAGGUUGGCAAUAUUCAGAAAUCUAGGUUAG